AUGAGCGAGUUGACAGUGACUGUGGAGACCUACCAUCAAGUAUGGUUCAACUACGCAUUUGGCAUCUCCGCUGUCGUUCUUGUAGGAUAUGACUGGCUUCUCACAUUGGGAGACGAAAUCAGAUAUAUCUGGCACAAGCGGAACACAGCCGCGUAUCUCUAUAUCGCAACGAGAUACGUAGGCGUGAUGGCCUACGGACCGGUUGCAGUCUCUAUCUUCGCGAAAGGGUUCACGGAGUCGCAAUGCUCCAUACUGACGGAUAUUCACCUGUAUGCGUCCAUCAUCAUCCAGGCGCUGACUGCUGCCGUGUUCAUUCUGCGCAUACACGCACUGUAUCGUAGUCGCCCCAUACUGAUACUACUCGUCCUCAUCUGUAUCAUUGCUCUAGCAGUGGCAAUCGGUUUGCUGGCUGUCCCCUUCCAUGCCGAGGUGGUCUACGCGACCGCAAUGCCGGGAUGUAACAAACUGUCGACGACUGCUGAGGGAGUCCGCUACGCGAUUGUCUGGACUAGCGUAUCUGUAUUCGAUCUUGCCAUAGCAUAUCUCACCCUUGUGAAGGCUUUGCGCGCUCACAGGCACAACUUGAGCGACCUGUGGUAUGUUUUCAUGCGCGAUGGCUUCGUGUACUUUACGAUUCUUUUCAUCUUCAACACAGCCAACAUCCUUACUUUCGUGCUUGCCCCGCCGAUUGUGAGAGGUGUGAUCAGUCACUUUACGACCGCCCUCGAGGUCGUCCUUGUAUGCAGGAUGAUCCUCAAUCUGCGUGUAUCGGACGCCGAGCGACGUAGCGCGGUAGAGGCAGCAGUAGCCUCUGCCUCUGAGGCUGCCGGAGCGGUAGAGCUGCGUGUUGUUGUGCAUACAUCCACCUCGAGGUAUGGGACACGAUCGAACGGUGGGCAGGAUGUGGUGUUGGACGAGCUUUCUUUCUCUGGGAUGGACUCGGAUAGACCCAAGGUCUCUAUGUCUCAUAUACGUGGUCACGGUAGAGCUUUGUAG